AUGGCAGCGAAUAGUGCAUCAUCACGACAAUCGUCCGAUUCAAAGAUACACAGCGUAGACGACCAACGUCGUUCUGAAGAUGGCGACCUCAAACUAUACGAUAAUAAAAAAGAUUAUAAAGCUUCUAUACAUGAAGAAGGAAAGAUGUUCAUAGGAGGUCUUAAUUGGGAAACCACUGAUGAUAGCCUAAAAUCACACUUUUCACAAUUCGGUGAAGUUACGGAUGUCAUAGUUAUGCGAGAUCCAAACACGGGACGAUCCAGAGGUUUUGGAUUCCUCACGUUUGUUGACCCAUCCGUUGUCAAUACUGUAUUGGUGAAAGAACAUCAACUAGAUGGUAAAAUUAUUGAUCCUAAACGUGCGAUUCCGCGUGAAGAACAGGAAAAAACCGAGAAAAUAUUUGUCGGUGGAAUCGCUCCAGAAGUCACAGAAGAAGAAUUUAAAGAGUUCUUUACGCAAUUCGGUAACGUCAUCGAUGCCACAUUGAUGGUUGAUCGAGAAACUGGAAGACCUCGUGGCUUCGGAUUUAUUACAUUUGAUUCGUCGGAACCUGUCGAGAAAGCGAUGGCACGAGAUGACUUGGAAAUUCAGAAUAAGCCGGUGGAAGUGAAACGUGCUAUGCCAAAACAUAAGUCGCAGCGAAUGCAACUAUAUAAUCAACCAAGUUUCAGCGGAUCAUCAGGACCACAAGCAUCAGCUGCUGCGCUUUCUGUUAUGCCGCCAUCAGCAGGAUCAACCUCUCGAUAUGGACAAAGUUAUGGUGCCGCGGCUGGCAAAGAUGGUGGGAUGGGAUAUUCAGGCAUGGGCUAUACCGCUGGCUCAUAUCCAAAUUACGCAGGUUAUGGGCAAUAUUCGGGUUAUAACUAUCCGUCUAAUUAUCCUGCUGGGUAUUCCGGGUAUAAUGCUAUGACUCAAGCAGCAUACUAUUCGAGGCAAGUAAAAAAAAUCUCAUAUGCGAAUUCAUAUGGUCAAUAUGGCGGAGGAGGAUAUGGAAGUAGUAGUUCAGGCAGUCGAGGUGGCGGCUCAUAUAACCAAUGGUACCGGGGAAGCGAUACUGGUUAUGGAUCAGGUGGAGCAUCAUCAACAGGUGGAGCAUCACCAUUGGGUGGCGGCCCAUCAUCAAGUGCAAGUAGAAUAGUUGGGGGAAGUGGAAGUUAUCACCGUGGCUCACCAAGUCGAGAUGCUGAUGGUGGAUAUGGAAGUCGAGGUGACCAUCAUUAUCAAGGACCUACACUUUACAAUCGUGGAAGUUCUCGGACCAGUGGUCCGGUUCGUUCCUCUUAUUCCAGUGGAAUGCAAUCGAAUAACAAUGGAGGACCGUUACAUAGUAGUGCUCAAGUCCGAGGACAACACAAUUAUCAUCCUUAUGCUCGAUAA